AUGGCCACAUCAGAGCCUAGAGCCACCAGCGGCGACCAGGACCCAAACACUGCCAAUUUAAGACCCUCAUCCACAACCUACGAAUAUGCGUGGAUGCAUGGCUGUACACGGAAACUGGGCAUGAGGAUUUGUGGGUUCCUGCAGAAGAACAACAGUCUGGAGGAGAAGGGUAGACUGGGUCAAAAGAACCUGCUCUCCUGUGACAACAGUGACAGGGACGCCCGGUUUCGACGCACCGAGACAGACUUCUCGAACCUGUUUGCUCGAGAUCUGCUGCCUGCAAAGAAUGGAGAAGAACCGACCAUGCAGUUUUUACUGGAGGUGGUUGACAUUCUUACCAACUAUGUGAAGAAGACGUUCGAUCGCUCCACCAAGGUGUUGGACUUCCACCACCCUCAUCAGCUCCUGGAAGGCAUGGAGGGCUUCAACCUGGAGCUGUCUGACCAGCCCGAGUCUCUUGAGCAGAUCCUAGUGGACUGCAGGGACACACUCAAAUAUGGCGUCCGGACAGGUCACCCUCGCUUCUUCAACCAGUUGUCCUCAGGUUUGGACAUUAUUGGCCUGGCAGGAGAGUGGCUCACCUCCACUGCCAACACAAACAUGUUCACCUACGAGAUCGCGCCAGUGUUUGUUUUAAUGGAGCAGCUGACCCUUAAGAAGAUGAGAGAGAUGAUUGGCUGGCCGGGCGGCGAGGGAGAUGGCCUCUUCUCGCCCGGGGGCGCUAUUUCAAACAUGUACAGCGUGAUGAUUGCACGUUACAAAUAUUUUCCCGAGGUCAAGACCAAGGGCAUGUCUGCUGCUCCUCGCCUGGUUCUCUUCACAUCCGAACAUAGCCACUACUCGAUCAAGAAGGCCGGUGCUGCUCUAGGUUUUGGCACUGAGAAUGUGAUUCUGCUAAGCACGGAUGAGAGGGGCCGGGUCAUUCCUGCUGAUCUGGAGGCUAAGAUCAUUGAUGCAAAACAGAAGGGUUACGUGCCGUUGUUUGUGAACGCCACAGGUGGCUCCACUGUCUAUGGCGCUUUCGACCCCAUCAAUGAGAUUGCUGACAUUUGCGAGAAGUACAACCUGUGGCUGCAUGUUGACGGAGCGUGGGGCGGUGGUUUGCUGAUGUCUAGGAAGCACCGUCAUAAGCUCAAUGGAAUUGAGAGGGCCAACUCUGUCACAUGGAACCCUCAUAAGAUGAUGGGUGUACCCUUGCAGUGUUCAGCGAUCCUUGUCAGAGAGAAGGGACUGAUGGGGGGCUGUAACUCCAUGUGCGCUGGUUAUUUAUUCCAACAAGACAAGCAGUAUGACGUCACAUAUGACACUGGGGAUAAAGCCAUCCAAUGUGGUCGGCAUGUCGACAUAUUUAAGUUCUGGCUGAUGUGGAAGGCGAAGGGCACCAUUGGCUUUGAGCAGCACAUUGACAGGUGCCUGGAUCUAUCUCAGUACCUGUACAACAAGAUCAAGAACAGGGAGGGAUAUGAGAUGGUGUUUGAUGGAGUGCCUCAACACACCAACGUCUGCUUCUGGUACAUCCCACCCAGUCUGAGGGGAAUGCCAGACAGUGAGGAAAGACGGGAAAAGCUCCAUAGGGUUGCACCAAAGAUCAAGGCCAUGAUGAUGGAGACAGGAACAACCAUGGUGGGCUACCAGCCUCAGGGUAAUAAAGUCAACUUCUUCCGUAUGGUCGUCUCCAACCAUGCGGCCACCCAAUCUGACAUCGACUUCCUAAUUGAUGAGAUUGAGAGGCUGGGUCAUGACCUGUAG